AUGCUGUCCGACAGGACUCUCUUCAUCCUGCUCCUCUUUUCCAGCGUUUUGAACCUAGUAUCCGUCAUUUCGUGGUCGAGACGGUCGUCGAGGCAAGGCGCGAAGUCGUUGCCCCGGAAAUAUUCAUGCAAGGGAUACGACUACCCCGAGCUACUACCACUCCCACACGAGCCCCAGCUCAUUUCCCUACUCAUGGAGGAGAUGGUGCACUACAUGCCCCUAGGGGCGACCUCCGACGCCGAAUUGCUCUCGCUCUCGACCCCCGGCUUCGAUUCCGAGCGCCUGGGCCCGGACGACCGCACCCUCGUAGUGACGAUGUUCCACGAGCUGCACUUUUUGCGCAUGCUCAACCUCGCGUCCACGCCGAACAUAACGACCCUCCCGCAUGUGACGCACUGCCUCAACUAUCUGCGGCAGAGUAUCCUAUGCUCUCCGGACCUCGCGCUGGAACCUGGGGACAUCGAGGAAAGCGACUUUGAGGUGGAUAGGACGCACGGCGUGCACGAAUGCAAGGACUGGGCACCCAUCUAUCACUUUGUCGCGCAAAACUACGACAUGUGGAGCGAUAAAACUGGCUAUAAGGCCAGCCGUAAAGAUCUCGUCGAGGAUGUGUAG